AUGGCCGUAACUUCGCCCAGGCGCAGUGAGAGGUUGCGCAGUGCACUUCUUGAUGGGCGAAGUGGCUUCAGUCCAUUUCUGGAGAGCGCUUCGGCAGCCUCAUUGAAGCAGUGCGGUGCAUGUCUUCUGGAUAUUGACACAGUUAGCAAAGACGGAGAUUUUGUUGCGAUCCUGGAAUCCUGCAAGUCCCUGCACUUUUUCCAUGUAAGGUGCAUCUCCACUUGGGCAGCACAAGAAAACACUUGCCCGCUGUGCAAAGUGCGAUUUUGCCGCUUUGGGAUUUAUGGUGCAGAUGGAGAUUUAAGACGUGUUGCAAAUGUGGAGGAGAGAGACCAACAGGAAGCUGCCGAAGGUGGAAGUGAUGAAGCUGACGAAGUUGUUUGCAGUGUUUGUCAACGUUCGGACGAUGAUGAAGCUCUUCUACUCUGCGAUGGACUUGGCGGACACUGCAGUGGGGCAGCCCACUUCUACUGCGUUGGCCUGUCAGAGGUGCCAGAGGGAGAUUGGUUCUGCUCAGAGUGCCAGGAGUUGCCAUUGGAUGCAAGUCAGACAGAUUCUCAAGAUGCAGAGAAGGUGCUCACCCAGAGUUCAAGUAACAGCGGCAAGGCCGAUGAGGCAAAAGGAAUGGAUCCCAGAGGGAAGACCCUGCCAAAGCGAGAUCUAGAACAGGAAGCAGCAAGGUCAGCAAGGGCGGCUAGUGCAGCAAAGGCACCAAGCACAGCCAGUUCCAAGUCCGUCAAACGAAGCUCAGAUUUGCAACUCGCCGAUGCCAAAGGGAAGAAGCUCAAAGGAGCUUCAGCCAAAGAACAUGCUCUGCAAGCUCCAUCGAUUCGUCAAGGCCGUCAAGAGAUCAAGAAAGAGAUGGGAAAGGAUGGAAAGGAGAAUGGCUUGGAGAAUGAUGUUCCGAAUGACGUUCCCCCUGUUCCACCUGGCGUAAGAAGCGGUUCGACGUCAUGGAUUCAACUCAACGGUGGUUUAUUGCAGAUCGAACUUGGUGGGCGACGCAUCAAAGAUGCUGCAGCACUACAUGUGGCCAAACUUGUCAGAUCUGUCUUAGGGAAGCUCACGCGUCACCCGUGCUUCAAGCCACGGGUCUCUCUGAAUCUGGCUGGGAACAGACUUGGGAAGGCAGGGCUUAUGACACUGUUGCAGUCUCUGGAAGUCAUGGAGAGUCUUGAAAUCGCUGUGCUGAAUUUGGAAUGGAACAGGAUGGACCCAUCUGCUGUGACAGCUCUUGCGUCAUGGCUAUCUAAACGAGAUUCUCCACCCCAAAAGCUGCUGCUCUCCCACAACAGUGCCAUUGGAGACAUGGCGGCUCAGCACUUGUUUCAGACUUUAGGUGGAAUGCGUCGGAAGAGCAGUGUCAUGCCUUGGAUCGAAUCAAAAUACAUCGGAAUCAAGGAUCUCGAUGCCUUCAUGGAAGUCCUCUCAUUGCAUGUGAACUUUUGCUUCGCUCUCGAUACAGAUGUUUGUGCACCAGAUCAUUGUGCUUCGGAAGAGACCUCAAAUGACAAGCCACAUCUGCAUCUCGUGGGCAUAUUGGAACAACGUUUGGAGACCGAGCGAAUGUCCGAUUCAUUAGAAGAUUCUGUGAGAGCUUCUGAUUCCGGAAGUUCUCCCCGACUUGCACGACUGGGCUCUGAUAGUCAAGCAAAUGAGUCGCAGGAAACAGUGAAGUCAGUGGGUACCAAAAGUCAGGAGAGUCCCAAAAAGGCCCAGUCGGAGAAUCUUGGGGGAAAGCAGGACAAGCAGGACCGGAAGGUCAAGCAGUUUCCAAGAGAUCCUGAUUCUGAGGAGAAAGAACGUCGGAACUGGGCAGCAUCCUUGGGAAAGUCGGGGGUGCCUGAUGCCCGCGACAUCGACAUGCCAGCCCCAGCACCCGCGACAUCUUUGUGGGAUUUGGCUUGUGCGGAAGCCAAGAAGGCUCGCAAGUCUGGACAAAGACAAGGCCAAGCCUCUCAUGAAAAGAAGGGAUCUAGUGAAUCCAUGAAACAUUCGCCGAAAACAGCCCUUGACGAAAAAGACAGGGUUUCUAAGGUGACUCUGCGGACUUUGGGGUCGUUUUCUGAGCAGGAUACAGAUUACGUGGCUUUGAAGGCAGUUGUAGAUGGGCGUGUGAGGCGAAAGAAUGAAUUGUGGAAGGCCCUGACCAUCACAGAAUCUGAGAAAUGGCUUCGGCAAAAGUGCCUUGUCAAUGAGUUAUGCAAGCAAAUCUUCGAGGAAGGCUUUAGAACUGCCACUGGUUCGGCAGGAAGCUGGGAAGCCUAUCUGAAAACUUCCAUUGGGCACCAACAUGUUCUCCAGUGGUUGGACAAAAAGCUCUCCGAUGCGACAAAGGCCUGCAAGCCGAGGUAG